AGCGACCACCUGCACAACCCGAAAACAUGCAGAACGACGCCGGUGAGUUUGUGGACCUGUACGUCCCACGUAAAUGCUCUGCUAGCAACAGAAUCAUUGGAGCCAAGGACCACGCCUCCAUCCAGAUCAACAUCGCUGAGGUUGACAAAGGCACCGGUCGCUUCAACGGUCAGUUCAAGACCUACGCCAUCUGUGGCGCCAUCCGCAGAAUGGGAGAGUCUGACGACUCCAUCCUGAGGCUGGCAAAGAACGACUCCAUCGUCGCAAAGAAUUUCUGAGUGUGACGCUGGAGCGGUGGAAUCUUUGUAAAAAUAAAAUGGAAAAAAAACAA